AUGACACUGUGACUGAUAUUAUGAGUUCGUCAAGAAAAGAAGAUUUACAUUCAAAACCUACUGGAUCAUCAGUAUCAAAAAAACCUAAAGGCUGGUUACCAAAAAAAAAACCUUCUUCAUCCAAAUCGCAUGAUUUUCGCUGUCCAUACACUUUACGCAAGACUGGACAUUUUAAAUAUAAUAAUCAACUUUGGACUGUAGGUGAUAUUGCAUCUAUAAGUAAAUCGGAGGAAUCAUCUCAAACCUAUUAUGCACAAAUUAUUGAGCUACAUGAAAAUGAUUUAUGUGAAAAACGAGCAAUAAUCUUCUGGUUGGCUACCUAA